ACUUUAGCCAUCUGUUGAAAUUACUGAACAUAAACUUUCGCCCCAUUUCAGAAUAAACUUCUCUGUGCCCUGGAAAUUUGAGGAUGGAGGGCAGUGAGGGUCAAAGCUCUGCACGCAAAGGAUCUGGUGAUGGAGCGUUGAGCGCUAUGAAUUUAUAUGCCACUCUGGGGCUCUCUCCAGAAGAUGUGGAUGCUCUGGCCAAGAUUCCAGAGAACGAGAUCAGUGUGGAGACACUGCCUUAUCUGAUAAUGCAACUGAAGGCCAAGCGAGCCAAGCGAGAGGAGCAGGGAGAGCCCUCCCCGAAGAGAGACGGGCAGGAAGAGGAUGCAGAUGUUAAAGACUGCAGCAAACAGGACAGUCCCCCUGCAGUCCGUCGCCGGUCAAGCAGCCAUAGUGACACUGACAAUAGGAAAGUGGAGGUGCAACCAGAGCGGGCCGAGGCAAGGAGAGAUUCCCAUCACACUAGGCCCUCGACGGAAAAAACAUCAGACAGCCAACCUUCUUCCUAUCAAGUGGAAGAUUUUCAAGGAGUUGUGCCCAAUAUUUACCCACACACAUGCUCUCUAUGCUUCUGCAUGUUGAAUUCUACUAAGGUAAUCUUUGUUAUAUUUCAAUACUCUUGCUGUUGGAGUGUGUAUCUACAAGUAUAUCCUGUUAAUCAGAAUACUCAACCUUUCAUAAUGACAUUCAUUUUUGCUUAAUAUGAGUUUGCUUUUUUCACAGCAAUGGAAGGAUCAUCUCAAUGGAUUACGCCAUGCAGAGGGCUGUCGAGAACUCUUGCAUCUGUAAGUGUUUCUAUGCAAAGUAAAACAUUUAGAAAAUGAACUGAUGCAGGUCACAAAAUCAAUCAGCAGAGGUAUUUCCUAUUACCUGGUUUUAUUCAUAUUUGUUUAUUUUAAUCUUUUAUUUUUGUAAAUUUUGUAUAAUUUUUUUUUUUACUUUUUUUUUUUACAGAUAUCCAGAUUGGGAAAAACAAGAUGUCAAGGGGAAGAAAAUGUGAGGGUCAUGAAAUAAAGCUUUAUGUUUAAAACAAGCAUGUCAUGAUGUAAAACAAUUAGCCGUUCCUCUUCUUACUUAGCACUGUUUAUCUUCCAGACCAAUUUCCAUCCCAAGUAGAGAUGCUAAUUCACCGCCCAGAAGAGUGCCACGUCCUGCUAUGCCUUACAAGCGACAACAUAGCUCAGACCGCGUAGGAGGUGAUAACCUCACGUCCCGUCAUAAUGUCAAGUUUGAUCCAGACCAAAUAAGGCCCAGUGGCAAACAACUUGAAAAUUAAAUCUCAUUUCAUGUUCUCAUCUUUAGGUGAAGUCUGGUCUGCACCAGAAAGACACCAUUUGAAGCCCAAGGUAAUGCCCCAUUUGUGUCAUUGUGUUGUCUUAUAAAUAGAGCAUUUUUCAUUCACUUCUUAUGAUGGAGUUUAUUUGCUUAAAUCUACAUACUUCAAUGUGUGAUUUUAUGUUUUGCAACAGGCUGGCACAAAGGUGGUGGUCGCUAAAUAUCCCCGUGGCUCUGUUGCUGUUGAAGACUUGGUGACUUUGGCUAAGCCAUUCGGCACAGUUGUAAAACAUCUGGUGUUCCCCUGCAAGGUAAGUUACACAAAUUGAUAAGAAACUCAGGUUUAAACACUCAUCUCUUUACGUUCUCUCUCAUUUUUUUAAAUGUGUAGUUUAAUGUCUAUUGGAUGAUUCACUGUUGUUUUUUGUUACAGGGCUUUGUGGAGUUGGGUUCGCACAAAGAGGCAGUCAAUAUGGUGGAUCACUUCAGUGAAAGCAAAGCUUUUGUGAAGGGAAAUGGUUUGACUCUGUACCUGUCACCUGUAGUGUGCAGUAUUUAUGUAAGUACACCUGCCUCUUAAAAGUUUGAGAUUCUGUAUUAAUCACAGAGGAUCCCAGUAUGAGCUUGUUUUUUCCUUUAGACGCCAAGGUCGGAUGAACCACCAGGAAAACGCCCCAACAAACAAGUUAGUAAUACAGUGGUUUGUUUUUCCCGCGUACCUCCUGGGAAGGAAAGAGAACCAGAGAUUUUAGAGCUCGCCAAAAUGUUUGGGGAUGUGCGACAUUCAUCAUUUUCAAGUGAUCAGGUAAGGUUCGAGCAAUAUGGAAUUGAAGUGUAAUCAAUCAAAUCUUCAAAUAUCUCUAUUUCAAAUAGAAAAACAUUAUUAAAACAAUUGAACAAUGCUGUGUAUCUAUUUUAAAUUCAGAAUAGCAUGGAAUUGUAUGACUGGAGUAGAUCAAUCAACACCAAAACCUCCAUUAUUCACCACCACCUCUAGCUUUCUCUUACAAAUUCUUCCUUAUCCAUCUGCAGGCCCUGAUUGAAAUGGUAGAUUGGAAGGAUGCUGACAUUAUGGUGAAGUACUACCACUCCAACCCCCUCAAGAUCAAUGGAAAGAGUGUCAAAGUCAGCUUGUCAUCAUCACUGAAGCGCCUGAGGUAAGUAAGAGUCCACCUGGGGCUAUGGCGGCCAGACCAAUUUUCCUGUAGGACUCGUCGGGAAGUUUGUGUCAGGGAAGUUUACCUCAAUGGUUUUUGCCUUGUAGAGAAAGUCCAGACUCCACCACAUCCAGAAGAGCAGAUUCCAGUAAAAGCCAAAGCAGCAGACAGAAGAGCGAGGAGACCAGCAAGACCUCAAACUCCACAAACGAAGAGGGACCAAGUACAGGCAAACAACCUGAUGAGAAAGUGGUGGAACAAGGAGAAGGUCAACAAAGCUCCUCAGAGGAGGUUAAAGAAGAGGUAAAGCAGGAGAUCAAGGACAAGGAGGAGAUCAAGGAGGAGGUGGUCAAGAAUGAGAGAAAAGGGGAGGACAUUGAUUUGGAAAACAAAGAUCCAGAGAAAGAGGGCGUCCAUGUGGAAGAUGAACAAAGCUUGUUAGAUAAGGUUGGAGCUGGUGUUGAUACUAACGACUCUGCUCCUUCCAAAAGUGCCCCUCUGGUGGCUGAUUCAAAAGAUAAGGGGGAACCCGAAAGCACAGAAUUGUUGGCAGACGAUACCUUGGAGGAUUCUGACCUAAAGGCUGCCGAUGAUCCAGCUCUGUGUGAUGCUGACGUCUCAGUGGAGGACGUGAUGGAACAGGAGAGCUUUCAUGAACAUGGUGUAAGGAAUUCUUGUCAUUCAUAAUUGUGACCUGAACCAACAAAGGCAUAUUGUUUGCAGAAUUGAAAAUACGUUUUUGUCAAGUAAACAAGAUGUUGGUUCCCAGCAAUGGGUUCUUAAAGCAGCUUGGUUGAAGUUCUGGGAGCAUUCCCGAGAAUGUAGUUUGGUUGAGAUCCUCCAUUGAGCAGUUGAAACAGAUGUGGCCAUCUUAUGCCUAGAACUACUGAAAUGGUUUCAGUGGCAAAUAAAAUCGAUCUGACACUUGUGAUUGAAGCUCAGAUUGAACCUCGUCAACGCAGACAAACAGUCAAGAUGUUUUCUGACUCAUGUCGCCAAUGCCCGGUUUCAGUCAUGGAUUGUUGGAAUACUGAGUUUGCUUGGUAGCAUAACAUGCAAUGUAUCUAGGCUUAAUGACAUGGUUUAUCUCUAUGUGGGCUUAAUGACAUGGCUUAACAUUUUUAGUCAUUUAGCAGACGCUCUUAUCCAGAGCGACUUACAGGAGCAAUUAAGGUUAAGUGCCUUGCUCAAGGGCACAUCGACAGAUUUUUCACCUAGUCGGCUCGGGGAUUAGAACCAGCGACCUUUCGGUUACUGGCACAACACUCUUACACACUAAGCUACCUGCCGCCCUGCUUAACUCUAUGUAGGCUUAAUGACAUGCUCAGGGUUUAUUCAUUCCAUCAGUUAAAUGAUGGAGAUCAGCUUCGAAGGGUGUCUCUUUCCAUGGUUGAAUAUCAAAGGUGAUAGAAUAAUCUCUGUACAAGCUCUAGAAAACCUAGCCUGUCAGUAGUAAUCCAGAACAGGUGUUUACCUAUGAAAGCUCCCAUAGUAAGACUGAGUUCAAGUGGCACAGCGUUUAAGCACUCGGAAAUCAGUCAGACAUUUUAGAUCUAUGGAUCAGUAGAUGUUCAGCCUAGCUGUUCAGCCUUAACUGGUUUGAUCCUGGACUGACCAAAUUUUUUUAAAAUACGAUUUAAGCUGUCUAUCAUUUUGUUAUAGUGCAGCCACAGGAUUCAUGUCCUAGCUUUAAGAGACAUGGAUCUUCAUCAUAGUUCAAGACCAUUGAAAACAGUUUUGCAUACUUAUAUGUUCAGUGUUUGAGCAGCUUUUGACAGUUUCCCAUUGCAACCUCACAAAUAUUUGUCAUGAGAUUCGAUGUGAUUCUGUUGCAGCCCUUUGGAUCUUGAAACAUUCUUAAUUCUUUAACUUAUUGAUGUUCUGUACUUAUUCCAACAGGACGACAUGGAUGACAUGGAUUUCCCUGAUAAUAUGGAUGAUUUUGUGACAUUGGAUGAACUUGACAACGAUACUGAAGGGGACGUGUCACUCGGUAAGCAAUGAAUGAUGAAAAACAUUCUUACUUGGCAGCAAAGGACAUAAUUUUUUACUGUUGUUCAGCCUGUGCGGAUAACAAAUUAAAGAUAAUCUGCAGAUCAUAAUUUAUACAAAUUACUUUUCUUUUUAUUUGCAGAGUCAAAGGAUUCUUCAUGGGUUGGUAUUCCUCCAAAUAUACAACUACAUGGUUAAUUUAGAAACGUGAAGUUGGAAUGUGUCAAAAGUGUAGAAGUUGUUUUAUCCAACAUUAUUGCUAGUAGGUUGCUCAGUAAAACUGUUUUCUACAGGAUGGAAGAGUUGUCCAUAUUAGCCCAAUCAGAAAGGGCUAUAGAGACGUAGAGGUGGCCAUCGUGAAACUGGCAGAGCGAGCAAACGUGAAAGUUGUAAACCAUACCAUAUCCUUUUUCAGACAGGAGGUAGGUUCAUUAUUAUGUUACUUGCCGAUAUGUUAUUUGGGGAUCAGUUAUCUAGUUUGUUUAUGGGAUGGAAAUAAUAAUGUUGUCGUAGUUUGUAUGACGUUGUGCUUUCUCUAAAUUUGCAGGCAUGGUUAGAGCUUGAUACUACCGAUGAAGCACAUAAGAUGGUGAAAUUCUACAAAGGCAAAGGACAGUUGUUGGGGAAACAUGUCGAUAUUAGAAUGUGCUAUUCACAGAAAAAGUUGGAGGUUGGUUUGGUGUAGUACCUAUGCUCUGCACGUUAUGCAUUUGAUGAAUUAAUUGUAAUAAGCUAAACUACACACCUAGCAUAUAGUCAAUAUUUGUAACACAAUGAUGAGUAUUAUGUGUAAUGUGUGACUUUGUUUCUGUCAAUGUAGAGUCCCAGUGGGAGAUCCAUCUACAUUUGUUUGCUUCCACGCCAGAAGUACUCGGACGUCUCUCUGUUACGGCUUGCCCAACCUUUUGGGAAAAUCACUGGCUAUCAUUUGAACUGGGUUCACAGAAAGGUAACGUUUCACCAGCCCAUUUGUUAAGGAGGAGUUCAUGUGUUUUUCUAUUGAUAAAGGACUCACAUUGUUUUUUACCUUUCCAGUGUUAUAUCCAGUUUGAGAGUGUGGAAGCCGCUCAGAAAAUGGUGAAGAAGUGCUUCCAACGUCCUCCCCGAUUUUACGGCACCCUGAUAAGGGUCAGUUUGUGCAAAAAGGGAGACUCACUUAUAUCCUGGUAAAUAAUUUUCAAUAACCCCUAAGAUUAUGCAGUGGGAGUGUGCAGCAGAGUAGAUGAUGGAAAUUCGUUACAUAAAGUUUAAUUUUGCUGAUAUCCUAUCCAGCCAACGUCCACUGCUGGUGCAGUUGAUUGAUAUCAAUUGGAAGAAUGAAGUAAUCUCAGAUAAAAUAAUAUUGUGUUAUAUGGUUCAAUUGGACUGUGUGAGUUAUAGUACUGGGUUGACAUUGAAUUCUACUGUCCGGAUACAGGAAGCCUCCAGUCAAGUAUGAGCUGUGGUUGGCCAGUCAAAACAACAGAAGAACAAGAGAUCGCCAUGGAGAUGAGACUAAUGGCCAGUCAGCCAAAAGCCACUCUCCAGUGGUGAAAGAGAAGGUUAUUUGCUAUAAUUUUGUUUCCCUAAUUUAAAUGAGGUGAGCGAUUGCCUUGUUUAGUGAAAUGCUGGCUGAAUAUUUAUGUAUUUAGGCAUUUCUGUGAACAAUACUUUUACAGUUACCCGGUUAGUAAUCAGUUAAUACUCUUCACACAGAAGAGUAAAGAUAUUUAUUGGUGUUGGUCUCUCAAUCUCAGGCUUAGUAGAACAAAUGAGUGAUAGACAUGAUUGUGUUUGUGUGACCAGGAUGUCCAGUGCCCUGUGUCUGAUAGUGAGGGGGUCUGUGUGGACCCUGAGGGUGAGGAGACCAGUGGUGUGGAAGCUGUCCCAGAGGAGGAGAAGAAGCAGCAGGAACCUCUGGGUCCUUAUCAACAUGACAACCCUGUUGGUAAGAGAGAAACUGACUUCUGUUUCAGUUUGGCUGUCUUUUUUUUAUUAUCAGGGGUGAUGGAGAUAUCAGUAAGGACAAAAACAAGUGGAGUUUUUCUGUCCUUUUUAUUUGUAGGGUUAGACUAUCUGGUGCCAAGGACCGGAUUCUUCUGCAAGCUGUGCAACAUCUUCUACACCAAUGAGAAAACAGCCAAAUCAGUCCACUGUAGCAGUGAGGUACAUUACCUAAACCUGAAGGUAAUUCUCAACUGUAACAAGUCAUUCUUAUGAAUCCUUACUUUGUGGUGUAUUGGUAAGAAAAUGUAGUUGACCUUGGAGGCCAGAAUACGUUCAACAUUCCUCUGGGUUCACUGUCAAAUGUUAAUUCUUAACAAUAAAUAUCUUGAAUAUUAAUCACCGUCAUAGGGAAACCUUAUUGAUUUAAGCUAGUUUUACCUAUGCUAGUGGAAUCUCGACCAAAUGGAAAGAUAUGAGACUUUUUAGGGGAUCUAUUUUAGCAGGUGUUCUUGGUUAUGAGUUAAUAUUCCAUUUGAAUAUCCCACUGAUUUUCUUUUUUUUCAGAAAAAGAUGGAUGAAGAUAAACAGCCCUUAGCUGAUUGAGAGGGUUGCUGUCCACCUGUAGUCUUCCCAGAGGAAGAUUAGCCGUUUUAGUAUAAACGUUUCUGUCCAGUUUGUUUUUAACAUUCCAGAAUUUUCUGUUACUGUUGACAACAUUAUGUUAUCCAUUUGAAAUGAAUUAAUGCAGCCUAUUAUGAAAUGUAGUCCCAUUAUGUGGUUAAUAAUAGUACCUGGAUAUAGUUUCCUCUUAUUGAAUAAACAAAAAUGUUUGCUUGAUGUAUUCUUUGACUUCUGGAAUUAAAUGUGUCACCUCUGUUAUGGCUAACAUUUACUCUGAACCUUAUUUGACAGGCCUAUGGUUGUUAAUGUUUUUCAAUGGUUAACUGUCAUCAAUGACUAGGACAUGUGCACAGGAUUGGCUGGAACUACACCCAGAAUUUGCCAUAACCCAGAGAGCCAUCUGGUGCUUGACUGUGACAGCAGAGCUGGCUAAGAUUCACCUACCCUGUCGCAAGGAGCAGCAAUUCGCUUGAGGAAAGGACAAAUGGGGGAGAUUGUUCAGUCCAAACCAGCAUGAAGGAUUUAAUCCAUACAGGCCUAGAUACUUUUAAAUGAUACAAACCAAUCGGGGGAAAGUUCAGUAAAUAUAUUCCAUAACAUUAUACAUUUCACACAGUACUCAUACAUCUGUGUACAUUAAGUAAUACAUUAAACCAGAAAAAUAAUGUAGGUAUAAAUAUGACUAAACAUUCGAUACUGAACAUUAGCAUGCAACAAAGUUUUGUGAAACAAAAUUGCCGUAUAGCGUUCACAUUCCACACUGUAGUAAAUAAGACGAGUCGUGCUGUAAAUACCUAAAUAAAGAAUACUGUAAGGUAAUACUAUUGUGACUAUCAUUACAAUGACUUUUGUAAAUAACAAAAAAAAUGUCUUCUUGGACAAUGGCACAGUUCCAUGCUGUCAUGUCACAACUGUGUUGACAGAAACCUUGAACACCAGUCUGAUGCACAGAGAACAUCCAUCCACACUGAUAGAAAUGACACACAUGACCAUGUAACUUGAGUGAAGGCUGCAUUCACACAGGCAGCCCAAUUCUGAUAUUUUUUUCACUAUUU